AUGGAGCGGAUUGGGGGAUGGCUGGCUGGCGAGGAGGCAGGCUGGCUCGUGGGAGGGAUGCUCAACUUCGUCGGCUUCCUCCUCACCUGGUGGACUGGAACGCACAAGCUGACUGACAUAUGCGGCUGCGGCGCUUUCACAGUCAUGGCGCUGCAGCGUCUGCUUCACCUCUCCCAGCGUCCUCGCCCUCCUCCCUCCAACACGCAGCUGCUCCUCAUCGCCUGCGUCGUUCUCUGGUCUAUCCGACUCGGAGGCUUCCUCUUUCUUAGGAUUCUCCGCUCGCCCGAAGACAAACGCCUAGCAUCCUUCUUCCCCAAACCUGGGGAGAUUCCUAUCAAACUAGCUGGUUUCUGGUUCAUCCAGGCCCUCUGGUCCCUUAUCACCAUGCUGCCCAUCCUCACCGCGUGCAGAGUGAACCCGGCCAAGAGGCCGACGGAGGGGAGCAAGCUGUGGUUCCUCCCCUUCCUCGUAGGCUUUUUGAUCGAGGUCUUUGCGGAUCAUCAGAAGAGCACCUUCAAGGCGAUGCCGGAGAACAAGAACAAGUUCUGCGACCAGGGACUGUGGUACUACAGCAGGCAUCCCAACUACUUCGGGGAGAUUGUCGUGUGGUGGUCGCUCUACAUGGCUUCCCUGCCGCUGGCCCCCAAGUGGACGAUCGUCUCUCCCCUCUUCAUCACGUUCCUGCUGCUGCGGGUGUCAGGCAUUCCCAUCCUCGAGGCGAGCUACGACAAGAAAUACGGGGAGGACGUGUCGUACCAGCAGUACAAGAGCUCGACAAGCCUCUUGGUUCCAAUGCCAAAGUUCACAUAA